CGUGAUGAGAGUAAAUACGAGUAAGACUUCCGGGAGGCUGUAUGCAACACACUAGUGCUUGAGAACAGUCCGUUACACACGACAACUAGUAAAUCAAAAUGCCUAGGCAAUGUUCGGCUUUUGGGUGUUCAAACAGUAAAGUUAAGGACAGCGUUAUAAGUCUGCAAAAGUUUCCGCUCAUGGAUAAAUAAAAUUUAAGACAAUGGCUUGACGAAGUGGAUUGGGAAGACUUCGUGAUCGUGCCGACCAAAUCAUCGUUCCUGCGUAAGUGUGUUCAAGAGCACUUCACUGAGGAUCAUUUCGAAUAUCAAAAUUUAACUGCUAUCUACUAUUGUUUAGAUUUAACUUUUGCAAAUGGCAAAUUAGUCAAAUGUUUAGACUUAAAAUCAAUAAAUAAUUAUAAAUUUCUCUACUGAACUGGUACUCACUCAUACUCAUGCUCAUACUAGUCAUACUCCGAGACUCAUACUCAUUAUGAUUAUUUUUCUGAUUGUGGUUAUUCAUUAUUGUCAUGUGUCUGUGUGAUAAAAAAAACUAAUUUAUAAUUUUCUUGACAUUAAAUUUUUCAUUAAAGUAAAGAAAUAGUAGAAUUGAAAUAGGCUCAGGGUCCCCACGCAGUCGGGAAAACGUGAAAUAGUCAGGAAUUUAUCGAAUAAUUUUACCGGUCUUGAAAACCGGGAAAAUGGGCUUUCUAGAAAGGAAAUUUUCAAGAUAGUCGGGAAUUUUUUAACUUUUAAAAAAUAAUAAAAAUUUUGUUUUUGAUUCCAUGAAAAUUGUAGUUAAUCCCAGACCUCGUCUAUUUUUAGCCUUUCUGAUAUCAAACAGACCUUGCUAGUGGCUUCCCUUUACUGCACAUGCGUUUUCGAGCUUUUUCAGUUUCUAUUAUCGUACAACUUCGAUAGACAAGAAAUAUUUAUUUUCUGUUCACAUCGCCGAUCAAGAGAUGUCGAAUGUUUGGGUAAGUAAAGUUUAAAAUAUAGUGAAUAAUUAUUUGAAUCUAGUUUUAAAUUGUGAGGUAACCAUUAUAAAUAGAGAACUACUCAUCCAAGCGCUGUCUGCGAUGACUAAGCUUAGGCUUAGCGUACUUUGUUAUGUCGUAGUCUUCAACUUCACAUGUUGAUUUUUAACUUUAACUGUUUUACUGUAUGUGGGCGGCAUGUAUUUUUUUAUUAGCGCUAGGCAGCCUUUAACUUUAAAAUUGUUUAAAUACUUUAAGUUCACUUUACAUUUAAUUACGGAGUAGGCCUUCUAAUUUUAAAAAGGCUAAUAUGAUCAUGUUAUUUUUUGCGUAGAUUAGUUAGCUAGUUUACGGCUGACAUCGGAAAUACCUUUAAAGGUUACUAAAACUAGUACUAGACUAGUUCAUUGGACUUGAUACUACAAUAGACUAUAUCGAUUCAUUGAGCCUACCUUAACGGUAUAAAUUAUAUCAUAUUAUUUAGUAUAUAUAAUUAUAUAGUUAGUUCUUAUUUUAUGCUCUCCCGUGCUCUGGGUAUACUUAACGGUGUUAUACUAUUAUUCAUAAGCACAGUGGUGUAUGCAAGGAUUGUUUUUGUGUUUGUGGUGGGGGUCCUUUGGAUACUCUAAACAGGUGUGGGGGAGGGGGGCAAUGAUGCAUUCUCCUGAGGAAAAUCCUGACUAUGCCGUUUCAUAUGUAUAUUUUAGUAUCUCCUCUGACUCUAUAUUACUGUAGUUUAGUAUAGGUAUAAUAUAGUCUACAUGGUGUAUGCCUAACUGUAAAUUAUAAACAUAAUAUUAAUAAUAUUAAUAUGAUAAUUUAUUUUAUUUUGUUUCACUAUUCAGGAUCAAGGCUCAAUAAAAUAAUGCCCAACAGUUCCUUUAAAUUUUAGAUUUUAUAUACACUUAAGUGUAUUAUCUCAAACUAUCCACUUUCAUCACAAAGAAGAGAACGAAAGCUCCAUAUAAGAAAAGAUUCUUUCCACUUGUGGUAGCAAUACGUAUGUGCUAAAAUGCCCCAGAGAACACACUGCAAAAGUUUCCCUUGCACUGUAAAAGUAAACAUCAACAAUUUUUCAUGUCCAAGUAAAUUGAAAAAUUGCAAUUGCUAGGAAAUUUAAUAAAUAUUUACAUGUAUACACCUCAAUCUCUUUUUUUGUGUGUUAAUUUGUGAUGUAUUUCAACAUUGCUUUACUUUGACAAUUGCACAGAUUUUUAUAUUAUCAACAAAAACGCAGCGUUGCGAUAGUCGGGAAUUUUUUCUUUUUAGUUGGGAAAAAGUAGGGAAUUUUGUUUUUAAAAAAGUGUGAGAACCCUGUAGGCUUUAACUUUACUUUAACAGAUAAUUUUCUAAAUUAUUCUUUUUGUUGCGUUUUCUUUUAGAUAGAAGACAAAUAAAACCUGGAGCUGUUCAAUCCAAAUUAAGUUAUGUGACAGUGCCAUCCCCAGCAAAAAGAAAAAGGUACACAUUUGGGUUAGUCUGUUCCCAUAGCAUAAGUUAUUAUUAGGGGUGUGCCGGAUCCGUUUUUUCCGACCGGAUCCGGAUUUUCUUAUGCGAAAUCCGCCGGAUCCGGAUUCUCCCGGAUUCCGGAUUUUGGUACUAUUGGUAGAUACUUCGGUAAGUCAAGGUGGACUACUACUUUUUGUGUAUGGGAAUUCGCAAUCGGCGCCAAAAAAUCCGAGUUUUUAAUUUUCCGAUGUGUGUGUCUAUUUAUUAUUAAAUUAGUACUUUCGAUAUAUAUUUGAGUUCCGUUCCAUUUGGAUAAGUGUCUUACGAGAGACGCCAUGUUUCUACGCGUUCGCAGCAGGUCAUGCAGCUCGCUCAACCUAAUUUCGCCAUGGGGUUGGCCACGCCCCCCUUUUUAAUGGCGGAAGUUGACGAUACUUAGGAAAUAUUAAUUUAUUAUCACUAUUUACAUCAAAAUAAUUGAUAACUUGUGUUUCAGAAUGCAUUUAAAGACAUUUAAACUGGAAUGUUUUAAUUUGAGCUUUAACAACCCGGUAGAAUCCAUAUUAUAAAUGAUCAGAAUUUACCGUGUGCAACACGUUGUCAUUGGCAACCAUUCACAGCCACUUGCAUAACUGUAUCGUAGUACUACCUCAGAGUUUCAUUCAUAAGAGUUUGCCGUGUGCAAAAACUAUUAAACCAUUGGUCAGGGAAAGCUUUAAUUAAUUAUUCAUGUGCCAAAGUUGAAAGUUUAAACUAAGUCUAAACAGUAUUUUAGUGAUAAGGCAGGGAAUGCGUUGCCUUAUAUAAACUAUAUAGUCAUUGCGCAUGACGGGAUUGGUGGAAUGAGAUCACAGAAUGUGGAGAUGCAGUCCAUGUUAAAAAAUGACAAACCAAGUCGUACUUUAAAAAUUCAUAACUUUAAAACUACAACAGCUAAAAAUAUGAUUUUGGUGUUAUAAUUCUUUAAAAAAUUACAUCUUUUCAACUAUGCCAUUGGUUUAUUUUUACAAAAAGUUUAAAUUUUCUUAUCAAAGUCCCUACACUAUUGGCCACUAUUAGCGGUGCUGACUCUAGCCUCUGGUAUGUACGGAAUAUUAAACAUUAAACAAGCUCAACGCUCGAAACAAUCGAUUAAUGUAUCGUGAUCGUGUGGAAUUCGGGAAAGAGAAUUACUUUUAUUUCAGAUUAUGAUCCGGUGAGUCACAAAAUCUGGCAAAUUCCGAAAUCCGGUAUAUUCCGGAAUCCGGUUGUUCCGGAUACAUGUAAAUCCGGCGGAACCGGAUUUCACCGGAUAGUGCAAAAUCCGGCGGAACCGGAUUCCGGACCGGGGUCCGGCACACCCCUAGUUAUUAUUAUUACUAAUGUUUGUUACCGGGAUUUCUUAAAUAAUUUAAAUCAUGUUAAAACAAAAAACUUUAAAUAAUUAUAUUAACAUUUCAAAUAAGUAAUAAAGCAUAUCUGUUUUGUUAUUUUUAUUUAGAUCUAACACACAUGAGAAUGAUGAGAACAUUAUGUUACCGGGUCGCCAAGAGGAAAUUGUUCCAUCAACAAGGGAGCUUCAACUUCAAGAGGAGAUAGAUGGCUUGAAGCAGCAAUUAAAAGUAAAAGAUGAAGAAUUUAAGUAGUUUAUGAAAGAAAAAGAAAUGGAGAUUGACUUCUUACAAUGUAAAUUAAUUAGUCUUGAAAUGCAUUUUAGUUAUAUUAAUUUACAAGAUGAUGAUGUUAAGUCUCUUACAGGCUUUAGUAAAGAGAGAUUUUUUUGCAUUUUCAAUUUCUUUACACUGCACAGUUUUUGUCCUUGUACCAUAAAAAUGUUCUGACUCCUGAAGAUAGAUUUUUAUUAACAUUAGACAGAGCGUGGGGGAAAUUUUUUUAGCGACAUUAUUAAAGAAAUCUUGUGCCACGGUUGAUACAAUUUUUACAAAUUGCAUUAGCAUAAUUCGACAUAAAUUGAAUUCUGUUAAUAUUUGGUCUAGUCGAGUGCAGGUCAAUGCUUUCAUGCCACCUGCGAUUCACAAAUCAUUCCCCACUUGUAGAGUGAUCAUAGGUUGUACAGAAUUAUAUGUAGAGCAGCCAUCCAAUCCAACCCACCAAUAGGCAAGGUUCCAUAACUACAAAAACCACAACACAUAUAAAUCACUUAUAGGUAUUGCUCCCAGUGGUGGUGUGAGUUUCAUAUUUGAUUUAUGGUUAGGUAGCAUUUCUGAUAAGGAAAUAACAAUGAAUAGUGGUAUUUUUGAUAAGUUGGAAGCAGGGGAAACUGUACUAGCCGAUAGGGGUUUUACUGUCCUAGACAAUGAAUUUGUUAGGAGAGAUGUAUCUUUGUUUACUCCAUUUUGUCUACAAGACAAAAUACAGUUUCCCCUUGACGAACGUUGUGAAAAUAAAAAAGUUUCCUCGCAUCGUUGCCAUGCAGAGCGUGCAACUGGCAGAAUAAAAUCUUUUAAGAUCCUUGAUGGUAUCAUUUGCUGUAAUUUAAAAAACAUAGAUGAUAUCCACUAUGUUUGUGUGUUUUUGACCAACUUUUUGGAAAAUCCAUUGAUUAAUGUAAUAAAAUGUUAACCGAAUGCAGCCAAAAGAUAGACAAUGUAGUUUCAUGUACAAAAUUAUUUUAUAAUUUUAGAAGUGUAACUGUUUUAAUAGUGUAUAUAUCUAUCCAGAUACUGAUUGAAUAGUUAUGGGACAUCGCCAAGCAUCUCUUCUGUCACAACCACCAUCAAGUUAUUAGUUAUAAUAACAGAAGCUUAGUGGAUCAAGUAAUAUUGACUAUACUUUAUUAUAUACUUAACACACUAUAUCACAAUAUCAACAAUAAUAUUUAAUGCUUGAACUUGACAUACAAGCAAAUAUUCAUGCUGAAAAUACUGAUCAUAAAAAAACUUGGAAUAUAGCUUCUCGGUAAACUAUAUCUUCCAUUCAAUCUAAUUGUAAUUAUAACUCAAAUUCUUCACACAAAAAAAAUUAUUAAAUUGUAUGAAUUAACAAUUAUAAUCCUAUACAACAACUUUUAAAAACACAUCAACAGAUAUAGUGUGAUUUACCGGUAAACCAAUCAAAAUACAAUGGAACUUCUCAUAACGAGCAUAAUUUGUUCCAGAAUCUUACUCGUUAAGUGUAACAUUCAUUAAAACAAAACAUUUUUCCCAUACAAAUCAAUGUAAAAUACAAUAAUGCGUUACAUGCUUAAAAAAUACUAAUUUUUCAAAAAAUUUUAUUAACAUUUAUUCAAAUAAAAUUACUUAUGAAUUUUUAAGGAGUGUAACAACUUGGAAUACAAUUUAGGUUUGAAACAAAAAACGUAAAUAAAAAUAUGAAUUUAUGACAAAUACUUAAUCCUUUUUAACUGGAAAACUGUCUAAAGACAUUUGUUUUGACUGACGCUUCAAAAUUUGACGCAAAUGUGUCACAGCAUUAUCACUGAAUAAAAUUGUAGCACGAAUAGCCACCUCCUUAUUAGGGUAAUGCUUCUCAAUGUACGAUUGUAAAGAUGCAACAGUUUCCCAUGCUUUCAGCAUUUCUCUUAUUGCACUAGAAGAUUGUUGAUCUGCUACUUCCUCCUCCAUUAAUGAGCUAUCCUCCAUAAUUUCUUGCUGUCAAACACGAAGCAACACCAUAAGCUCUUGGGUGGUCAACUCUUGACUGUGCUCUUUCACAAGCUCUUCAAUAUCGUUGUUGUCCACCUCAAGUCCCAUGUUAUUGGCCAAUGACACUCUAGACUCCACAGGUACUGUUUCAAAAUCAAAUUCAAAGUCCCGGCUCACAAAUGAAUGUCGGGAAAAAGGGACUUCCCCUUUCGUUAUGCGAAAUGUCGCUCGUUAAGGGAGCAACUUCUUCAAUUAUUUUUUUUUGCUCGUUAAGCAAAUUACUCGUUAUGAGAGGUUCCACUGUAUAUUAAAUCCUUUCUUUGAUAAUUAAUACCAUUCAAUAUAUUAGCUUCCUUCUCACUCAAAAUGCAUUGCUUCGUAUUACUCUAUUAAAAAUAUCUACCCUUUCUUGUGUCUGUCCCAAUAACAAUACACAUUAAUAAUGUGUGCAAAAACAUUAGUGACUUAAUCUGUUCAAAUAUUAAACAUAAGAAUGUAACAAUCAAAAAGAAGUGAAAAGUAUGUUAUGAUAAUGCAAUUUUUAUCCCUAAAUUUUCAGACAUUACAUCACCACUUCUUAGAAAAUUAUUAAACAAGUCUAGUGCAAAGCAGAUAACGUGGUCACAAGAGCGUGCAAAAGCUUUAAAUCUAAUCAAAGAUUGUUACAAUCAACAAAAUAUUGGCAUCACCUGAUUUGUAUAAAAAUUUGUUCUCAUAACUCAUGCAUCUAAUAGAGGCAUUGGAGGUUCAAUGCAAGUAUUGCAAGAGGUAAAUAAAACACUUAAACCAAUAUUAUAUUUGAGCAGAGAUUUAAAUAAUUCAGAAAUAAAUUAUUCAACAACUGAGAAAGAAUGUUUAGCAAUAGUCUGGUCAUUAACAAAACUGCAAAAGUAUCCGAUUUCUAUCACUGAUUGAUAUAAAAAAAAAAAAAAAAGCUAACAUUAAAAUCGAUAGAUGGUAAAUAAUUUUGGCUGAAUAUCUAUAAGAUGUUAAAAUAAAGGAAAUGAUAAUAUUGUAGCAGAUUUUUUAUCCAGACAAAUUGAAUUAAGCUAAGAUAACAAAGACAAAAACUUAAAUUACAUUAGCAAGAUAAUGU